AUUCAGCAGACAAAUGAACGUAUGGAUGAAAAGGCCAAGACAAAGCUGAAACAAAAGGAAUGAAAUGAGAUUUAUGCUAGCUAUUAUGAGGUGUAGACAGUAGUAGUACUAGUACGGCUAAAACAGAAUUGGUUUCUUCUGUUAUAACUUAUAACCUAAUUUACCAAUUUUUGAAUCACUCUUGAUUGUGUAGUUUAGGGCUGUGUUGUAUAUAUAACUCACUAACAAACCAUUAUUGAGACCCUUUUGAUUCUCUGCCUAAUUCUCACAUGGUAUCCAGAGCCUUUCUUUUUCUUUUCUAACUCAUGGCCCUCAUUGCUUCCAAUCAAAUCCAAAAAUCACUACUCUAUCCGAUUCCAGACAAACUCAAUGAAGACAACUUUUUCACUUGGCAACAAUUAGCUUUUGUCUACAAUCCACAGCCAGAAUCUGCAGCAACAUCUUCUUGAGAAGGCUCCUCCAGAAUUUGCUAAUGAUGCUGAUAAAGCGGCUGGAAAAACUUCAGCCCAGUAUGAAGAAUGGACCCUUCAAGACUACAACUUGUGCACCUGGUUACUUUGCUUAAUGGAUGCUGAUUUUAAGAGCAAAAUGGUACAUUGUUUGUACGCUUAUCAGAUUUGGGAUCGCUUACAACAAUAUUUUGUUUCAUCCACCAAAACCAACUUCGUCAAUACAAGACCCAGCCGAAGAAUGUCAAGAAACGAAAUCUUUCAAUCACUGAUUACUUGAAGAAAGUCAAGCGAUUAGUAGAUUCUCUUUCCGCCGUUGGACACACAAUUUCUACAAAAGAUCACAUUGAUGCCAUAUGUGAAGGACUUCUAGAAGAGUUUUCUUCUGUUAUUACCAUUGUAAGAGCUAAACCCGAAAUCUCUACUAUUGGUGAAGUUGAAGCUGUUCUAAUUUCACAUGAAGAAAUGCUAGACAAAUAAUACAAGAAUCCAAAUCUUGGCUUUACUCAAGCAAAUUAUGCUCAAACCCCUUUUCAGCAGCAAUCUUUUCAGAAUAGAGGUGGGUUUGGUGGCAGAAGAGGAAGAGGUGGAAGGUUUGGCCGUGGUGGUCGCAAUGCUUGGCAAUUAAACUCUCGACCACAAUGCCAAUUAUGUCAUAGAAUGGGACACACAGUUCUUCAAUGCUUUUUUCUAUAUGAUCAGAAUUAUCAAGGUCCACCUUCAACUAGCAAUACUUUUACCCCAUCAAUUCAGAGUUCUAUUCCACCUCCUCCUCGUUCAUCUUUACACCAACCCUUACCAAGAACCUACCUUGCUACACCUUCUUGCAUCUCAGAUUCCUCUUGAUACCCUGAUUCCGGCAUUCCAAUUUCCAGUUCUGCCCAAAGGCUUCAAGUGCCUAAAUGCUACUGGAAAAGUGUAUAUUGCAAGAAAUGUACUUUUUGAUGAAUCUAGUAUGUUUCCUUCUUUAAAUACUAAUUGCUCUACAGCAUCAUCAGUGAGUACAUCUUUCAUUCCUCAAAUUCCUCAGGUAACUCCUAUUUCUUCUACUGACUCAGUUAAUUCUGCUCAUGCUCAUUCUUCCAAUAAUCAUAUUUUAUCUGCGUUACCCUUUAUUUCCACUAUUAAUCAUUCAUCACAUCAUACUAAUUUUUCAUCAUCUCAUCAAAUUGCAUUUGACACAAUUCCAAUUUCUGGGACUGCAACUCAUUUACCACCCCUUACUUCUACAUCAGCAUCAUCUAACAUACAUCCUAUGAUAACACGCCUUAAGUCUGGAAUUUCAAAACCAAAAGCUUUUAAUGUCAUUUCCUCAUACUUGGAUCUUGUUCAAAAUCCUCCCAGAAACAUUAAAUAGGCACUUACCUCUCCUCACUGGCUUCAAGCAAUGAAAGAGGAAUAUGCAUCUCUUAUGAAACAUAAAACAUGGUCAUUAGUUCAUCCUCCUCCCAAUGCUACUGUUAUUGGCAGUUGUUGGAUUUCUGCCAUUAAAAGAGCUCCAGAUAACUCUAUUGUUAAGUAUAAAGCUCAAUUGGUGGCAAAAGGUUGUCAUCAACAAGACGGUGUUGAUUAUGCACAAAUUUUUAGUCCAAUGAUUAAACCAGCCACCAUUCGAA